AUGCAGGCUCAAUCUUCUAGGACAGAUCAGACCCAGGCAGUGUUGACGUCGCAGCAAAGUUUGCAAUCCAUACAAACGCUCCUCAAAGCAGGUCUCGGCUGCAUCACGUACUUGAGAAAUCUCUUACCGGCCGAUAACUUCUCGCAAAGCUAUUUGACAUCAUCCGGACCAGAAUCCUUAUCAUCCCAACCAUCUAUAGGCUCCAAUCGCUCAUUCUCGAUGGAAUACAACAAGCAGAAUGUCAGCGGCUUCAAGAUCAUGACAGUCACACGAGGUUUCACGGAAGAAGCGGACAAACUACUGGACUUCUUGGAGAACGGUAUAUUUGAUGCCUUACAGAAGCAGUAUUUGCGCAGCUUCAUCUUUGCUAUAUAUCUCGAUGAUCAAGACCCUAGCAACAUUGUGGAGGCCUACACUUUCAAUUUCAAGUACCAUCCGAUUCCUGGCUCGGACGUUACCGUCCCAAUUAUGUCGUUGGAUGCUGACCUCCAAAGAAUGUCUAUAUCUGGAACGAAGAAAGUAUCUGAUCCAGUAUCGGCCGCAACUACACAAGGAAGGGUUCCUACUCUUGGUGAAGUGAAAAGAAGUCUGAAAGCCUUGAUAAAGAAUUUGAUUCAGGCUACAACGCAGAUGGAUGCCCUCCCCAAACGACGAUUCGCGACCUUUAAGCUUUUUUAUUAUGAUAAUGCCCCAGAUGAUUACGAGCCCCCACACUUCCGCCCCGGCGAUGUCGUCAAGGACAGAUGGUUCUUCACAACACACAACAAAAAUGAAGUGCCAGAGCGGUGCAGUAUUGGCACUCUACAAACGGGUCAUCACGGAGUAAAUGUUCGCGUCACAUCGGUGUCCGGCUACUUGCCCUCGACAGAGGACAACAAUGCGCUAUUCACCGGCACCACCAGCGGUCACGCGCAUACGACACCCACUCUUACGCCAGCCGAAGAGGCGGCUAUGAGGAUACAGCAAGUACAAACACAGCGUCUUGACGCUUUGGAACGCCAGGUUGUUUGGGACGGAGAUGAGGGACUGUGUGACAAAGAUGCAGAAGGUGAAGAAGACCCUGAUUAUAAUCCAGACUCAGACGACACCAAUGCUGGUGUUUUAGUUGGAAAUCGUAGAGUUGGAGAUUCAUGCGUCGAAAAUUUUGCUCCUAUUGGAAUCAGAGAUGAGGAUGGAGAUGUCAGAUCAUUUCCAGAAGAUUUCGAAGUGGUAGCACAACAUAAUGCUUGCGAAUCAAUAGCACAAGCACAAUACGCUGGGGAAUUGGACAACAUCCCCAAGAGAAUCGCGCAAUUGGUUCGAGAUAAACCCUGCGCUUCGACGCACGUGGUGCAAACACAACAGCUUGAGUACACUCAAGUCGUCGAGUCUCCAAUAAGCGAGCUAUCUCCAUUCAGUUCUCUAUCCCGGCGUCGACACACCGAAGACUCUAUCUCGCCCAAUGAGUCUUUAACCCCUCCUGCGGCACAGUCAGGGUUGCUUCCUCCUUCUGGUCAUGAGGCAGAUAUAGGGACACUUGAAACCCAACUCGUUAAACAACUCAUUGUAAAUGCUUGUAUGAGGGAAGACGAUGUCGAUAUGUUAGAAAUGAAUACUCAGAUUGUUCAGUCGGCGACAGAAGACUCCAUACAUUCUUUCUUUAGUGUAGAGGGUCAUCAGUCUCAGUCGCUAGCGGGUGGUUCUCAGGAGAAGAUAUUGGAUUCUUCUGCUAGGAGGGCCAUAAAAAUUGUCGAGACUCAUAACCCCGAUGGCCUAUCCGCAUUCGCGAAGCUCAUCGGCUGCGAUUGUGUAGUCGCUGGACAACUGUUCAAGCGGCUUGAGGCUGAGAGUUUUAUAACCACCGGGACUAAGGAAAUGGACGAUCUCGGCCUUAUGACGACUGAUACCCGUCUCGCCAGAGGGAAGAACAAAGGGAGAGCUGGGGCUAAAACAAGACAGUCGCAGCGAAGAAGAGCUGUGCAAAAAUUAAAGUAUGCGUUCUUGCAAGCAUCCACUCGCAGCCAGGCAUACAAGGAGUACUUCGAUCCGGAUCCGGAGAUAGAGAAGAGGCUGCUGGGCUUGUCUGACCUAAAACCGCGUCGUAAAUUUCACAAACGAAAGGCGGCUGAGAACAUGGAUCUUGAUGCAAGUCAACAAAGCGACAUCCGACCAAUCCCGUUGGUGACUAGAUCCGAUAACCAGGUCGAAUCUCAAACACAAGAAGACAUACUGCGGGAGAAUCCUAUUUCGCCGCACGACUUGGGCCAGAAUCAUGGGAUAGGAAAUCUCAAACGCAAGACGGCAGAUCAACCACAUGUGAAGUCGAGAUUGAGCAAGAAGAUCAAAAUCUCUCUCGGGCCGGCGGUCGAUCUAGGCGACUGA